AUGCUCAUCAACCUGACUCUCGGCGUCAAGGAAUCUCGUGCCUUUCAUGGAACAGUGCCUCCUCUCCCGGCCGACCCUGCGCCCGUGCAAGUGAGAGUCAUGGAUUCAUGCACGGUGGCGGGGCCUGUCACGGCACCCCCGCCGCCGCCGCCACCUCCACCUCCCCCGCCACCACCACCCGCUUCCUCCUCGCCAGUGAGCCGGACUGACAGCGCUCGUCGAAGCCGACUGAGGAAACUCAAUUGGGAGCGUAUCCCCAAAGAGAAGGUAGAGGGACGAAAGAGCGUUUGGAGGCAGCCAGGCAGCGAGGAUGAGUUCCCCAUAGAUUUGCACUCUCUGGAUGAGCUUUUUGGCCAGAAGGACAGUAAGACUCAGGACAGGAGCGCCACGCUGAGACGAAGGUCUGCUCUGUUACGUUGCAGAACUCCCCAAGACAGUCCAGAGGAGAUCUCGCUACUUGACUCCAAACGCAGUAUGAACAUUGGGAUAUUUCUUCGCCAGUUCAAAAUGCCGGCUAAAGAGAUAGUUGAAGAUAUCAGGCAUGGGGCUGGGGACCGUUACGGAGCAGAGAGGCUCACAGAGCUCUGCAAGCUGCUCCCCGAUAAUGAGGAGGAGUCUCGCCUGAGGAGCUUCAGCGGAGAACGUAGCUGGCUUGGAGAGCCUGAUCUUUUCAUGCUCCUGCUGGUGGAAGUCCCCAGUUUUCGCCUACGUUUGGAUGCCAUGAUCCUGCAACAAGAGUUUGACCCUGCUCUGACCUCUCUGUGUGUGGCAGCCAGAUGUCUGAGGGAGGCGGCCAGAGAAUUGCUGAGCUGUCCUGAAUUACACUCCAUCCUCCGUUUGGUGCUUAAAGCAGGGAACUACAUGAAUGCUGGUGGCUACUCAGGGAAUGCGGCUGGAUUCAGAAUUUCAUCAUUGCUUAAACUGGCUGAUACCAAAGCAAACAAACCCGGAAUGAAUUUGCUUCAUUUUGUAGCUAUGGAAGCUGUGAAGAAGGAUCAGAGUUUACUCUCAUUUCCUAGCCAACUGGGCCAUGUUGGCUCCGCCUCCAGGUUGUGCGAGGAGUCUGUGUUGGAGGAUUUAUCAAAGUUAAAAAGCAGAGUACUGGCGCUGAAAACAAAUGUCCUGACGGAGCAAGAGAUUUUGCAACAUACACAGCCUUUCCUAGAGGUGACAGAGGAACGUCUAAAGGAAGCAGAGGAUGAGGUUGAGGGCAUGAGGAUGUCAAGUCGCGCACUGGUGGAUUUUUUCUGUGAGGACGACAGCACGUUUAAACUAGAGGAGGCCUGUAGGGUCUUUGACUCGUUUUGCCAGCGCUUCCAAAAAGCUGUCAAGGAGAAUUCAGAGCGUGAGUUGAAGGAACAGAAACGUCUGGAACGUCAGAGACUGAUCGUGGAAAAGCGUCGCUCUGUAGCAGUCUGUACAGGUCUUGACUUGGGCCUCAGUAUGGCGAGAGAACCUCACAAUCUUGAAAACCAGGAUGAUCUGGAGAGAAUCCUGGAGAAGAACUUAAGCUAUACCUGGAGCCGUCGCAGCCUUAGAAGUUAUGACACGCGUAGGUACUCCCACCAUCUGCCCAGCGACAAAAGCUUCCCAGAGCUAGGGAGCAGCCCGACGCCAGUCAGCUGCCACUCAAACAGCUCGUCCGACCAGGAGACAUCCGCUGUUCUUUGUAGCUCUCCAGAGACAGAUGGCUUUUGUUCUCCAGUUGGUCAAGGAAGUGUUUUAGAUACAGAAAACAGAGGUCAGUUAAACCAGUACCUAGCAAUAGAUGAUCAAAAAUCUCAGGUUGGAUCAUAUUCACAACAUGGUCGUUGUUUCACGGUUGGGUCAGAGAGCAUUCAUCAUCAAAUACAGACAUCAGAAAAGACUGGACUUAUAGAAGAGGAGUCAGUGUCACGUAAGCAGAACGUUAUGAAGAAUACUGAGUUUUCAUCCAACUGCUGCCAGAAUGCUGCUGCUAUGAAUACAGAUACCAAAAGCAAGAACCCCGGUCAUAGACAGAGUUUUGGAAUUCCCUUGACUGACAAGAAUAAUUCUCUUAACAAGCUUAAUAGUUGUCGUACUGAUGGCGCUGAACCUCCGUCUGCUCACAAGACUGGAAUACUACAAAGUGAGAUCUGUGCCGCAUCGCUGAGAUAUCGAAGAUUUCAGAAAGAAUCAACUGUUAAUGCAAGGGAUAAAGUAGAGUUGCAGCCAUUAAACAGAGGGAUUAAAGCAAGUGCUACUAUGUCUGGGACUAAUGAAGGUCUGAGGAAGCAGAUCAAAACUGAAGGGUUGUUAACUCCUGCUGAGGCCAAAUGGAUGCCGUCCAGCCUACCAGAGUUCAGCCAGUCACACCCGGAGGAGAACUCGGAUGUGUUGAGUUCUGAGAGGGAACUUGUUAGGUCAUACUCCCGUGUGGGGGAAACUCUGGAGUGUCACACUCUUGUUAAAGGCCUCCGGUCGUAUGACUCUCUGUCACCACCAACAUCCCCACUCCCGCGACCAGGACCGAGUCUAUGCUCUAAGUGGAGAAAAGAAAGGGAUGUCGAUGAGGCAACUCCAGCUUCUCUGUCGUUAAAGGAGGAGAGUCGCACUUUAAAAGAUCCUGCGCGUAAUAGCAUCAGGGCUAAGAGAGGACCUAGCUUACGGGCAGCACCUGCCAAAACCGCAGCUGUUCCAAGGGUACGCCCAAAAACUGAGGCCACAAAUAGCACCCCAACUGCAUCCCCAAAUCACCCUGCAACCUCACGUUUGUCUUUGCGCCCGUCUCCAAUCACGCGGUCUGCUGCACUUCAUGCAGAUGUAAAAAGAAGUAGCAGCACACGAGAGAGACCACAGAUUGCGAAAGAGCCACAGACUCCUGGGAAGACACCCCUAACUAAUAGGACCUCGGACAGACCAACAACAGACAAAGUCUCAGGCAGACCCCAGUCAGCGUUUGUUAGAGGAAGUCUACUACGAGUGUCCAAACGAGUCGCCCCGAACUCUGAGACGAGACCUGCCAACAAGGCUCUCCCAGCCAACAGUCCGUCUUCUGCUACAGCCAAGACUAUACGUACGGGCGUCCUGCCUACAGCACGGAAUAAAAACACUAAAACCACAAACACGGGCACGUGUCCUACCUCUACACACCCUUCACGAAUUCCUGGACCCAAAAUGCCUCGACCUACUACAGCUCAGCCGAUGUGGAAGUAA